AUGGAAGAAAUACCUAAAAAUGAAAUACAUAAAAGAAAAUCAGUAUACUUACCUCAUCACGCCGUGGUACACACAGACAGAGAAACUUCUAAGACACGCGUAGUAUUUGAUGCUUCAGCGAAGGGCUCCAACUGCGUUUCUCUAAACGAUGAAUUGCUUGUAGGUCCGCAACUGCAAGAGGACUUAAGGAACAUACUUAUGAGAUCGAGAUUACAUCGUGUUUACUAUGCAAGUGAUAUACAAAAGAUGUACCUGCAAAUAUUACUUUAUGAAGAAGACGCCGAUCGAUAUCAACGCCUUUUGUGGAGAGAGAAUGAUACAGACCCGAUUAAAGAAUAUCGUAUGCUUCGUGUUACAUUUGGUACAGCGGCGGCCCCUCACCUGGCUGUAAGAACGCUUCACCAGGUAGCUGACGAUGAGGGUCGAAAUCAUCCAAUGGCUGUUUGA